AUGGAUGCUGUGGAUUCUCUGAUUACAGAGGUGCAGAGGGAAGCCGACGAGGAGGAUGCGGCGUUGGCAGCGGAAUUGGCGGAAGCGGCGCUCCCUCGUGCUAUUCAUCAUCGUCGGACAAUCCCACGAGACCAUAGCAGAGUGCACCAACGGCUGAUGGCAGACUACUUUAGCGAUAACCCCCGUUACCCACCAGAGAUUUUCCGUCGGCAUUUCAGAAUGUCGCAACAGCUCUUCACCCAUAUAGCGACGACUUUGGCGGCGCGGUACAGGUGCUUCACCCUCCGCUGGAUCGGGCUGUCUACUUUUCAGAAAUGCACAGGUACAAUUAGGCAGCUUGCCUAUGCUGGACCGACUGAUAUGUUCGACGAAUACCUACAUAUGGGUGAGACGACUAGCCUAGAGGUGCUCCAGCAGUUUUGUAAGGGCAUCCGGGAAAUCUUUGGUCCGGAGUUCCUACAAAAGCUAACCUCUGAUGAGUGCCAGAGACUGCUAGAUAUGAACGGUUCGGUGCACAGUUUCCCAGGGAGGAUAGAAGAUGAAGGAUUUACUGCAGAGUACUGGGCACCGGAAGAUGGUGCAAGUACAAGCCAAGGUGUUGCCUCCGGUCCGAUACAGAUGGGUGUACCACGUAGUAAUGAAUAUCUGCUCCAACGUUUAACUGAUAUGUGCAGGAGCACAGCACAUACCCAACUCCAUGUCGAUUUGAUUGAAGAUGUCUGGGCACGUAGGGGAGGGGGCGCAACAUGA